CUUAUAUUAGUGCUGUUCUCUCUGUGCUUGACUAGAACAAACCGACACUCACAGGAAGGCAUCCACUCAGAAGCCCAGCGAGUCUAAGGAGCCAUCUCAAUGAUGCUGACCAUCUCUGUUCUUCUCUGUGCCAUGCUUGCUUUAAGUGGCAGCGCAGAGGUAGUGAGUCCGCGUUUCAAGCAUUGCCCCAGUCCUUUAGAUUGGCAUCGAUAUGGCAACCGCUUGUUCCACUUCGUCAACACACCAGUGACCUGGGUUCAGGCAGAGCACCACUGUCAGAACAUGGGAGCAAACCUUGCCUCUGUGCACAGUCUUGGGGAGGAAGCAUUUCUUCAGGAUUUAAUUAAGAGGACCACUGGCAGCUCAACUGUAGCCUGGAUUGGAGGCAAUGGCGCUACUGAGACUUCUGCAUGGUUCUGGGCUGAUGGUUCCAGGUUUGCCUUCGAUCACUGGAAUGAAGGCGAGCCGAACAACUCAGGCGAUGAAAAAUGUAUUGCAAUGAAUUGGGCAGAUGAACACCACUGGAAUGACCUGAACUGUGGAACCCAGCAUUGCUUCGUCUGUGCCAUUAAGCCGUGUAAUCCCAUUUAAAUGUAAUCUAGUUAACAGAAGUCACUGUUGGUCUUUUAGAUGAACCCUAUUAUCCUAUUCUGUAGUUUAAGGGACAUUUUAUAGGUAGAGCGAGACCCAAGGUCCCAUUUGAAACCAACAAUACUUCAAGUAAUUCUUUGUCUGUAAUCUGAAAAUAAAGAUUUCUUGCAGUGA